AUGGCGCCCAUCUGCAGUGGGGACAGUGGUGACAGUGGUGACAGUGGUGACAGUGGUGACAGUGGUGACAGUGGUGACAGUGGUGACAGUGGUGACAGUGGUGACAGUGGUGACAGUGGUGACAGUGGUGACAGUGGUGACAGUGGUGACAGUGGUGACAGUGGUGACAGUGGUGACAGUGGUGACAGUGGUGACAGUGGUGACAGUGGUGACAGUGGUGACAGUGGUGACAGUGGUGACAGUGGUGACAGUGGUGACAGUGGUGACAGUGGUGACAGUGGUGACAGUGGUGACAGUGGUGACAGUGGUGACAGUGGUGACAGUGGUGACAGUGGUGACAGUGGUGACAGUGGUGACAGUGGUGACAGUGGUGACAGUGGUGACAGUGGUGACAGUGGUGACAGUGGUGACAGUGGUGACAGUGGUGACAGUGGUGACAGUGGUGACAGUGGUGACAGUGGUGACAGUGGUGACAGUGGUGACAGUGGUGACAGUGGUGACAGUGGUGACAGUGGUGACAGUGGUGACAGUGGUGACAGUGGUGACAGUGGUGACAGUGGUGACAGUGGUGACAGUGGUGACAGUGGUGACAGUGGUGACAGUGGUGACAGUGGUGACAGUGGUAGUGCCUAA